CCUGCAUUCAAUGCCAGGCUGGAGGACAGGGAAGGAUGCUGAGAGUGGUACCCGGCAGCAGGAGAUGCCAGGUUGCUAGGAGACCGGCACAGGGUUAGGCAAAGGCAGUGCUUUUCCGUUCCCUUUUUGGCCCAAAGCAGAGGCUUCAGGUGCUCGGGGAGGAGGAGAAGGAGGAGGCAGAGGAGAGGAGGGGGAGGAGGCGCCUGCUGCCUGCCGGAGGUGCCCUUCAGAGGAGGCUCUGGGCGCCUGAUGGCGAGGAAGGACCUUCAAGGGACCGGCAAGAGCAGCAGCAGCAGCAGCAGCCGGGGCGCAGAGUGAGAAGGCUCUGGUCCCGAGGAAGAGGAGGAGAGCCCAAGUCAAUGCGGAGUCUGGGAAGGUCAGGCGCGCACCCGGCUCGGGAGGAAGAACCGAAUGUCAGAGGAGAACAGCGCCGAGGAUGAUCAUGGGGACCACCACCAGCACAGCUUGUAUAUGCUGGUCCUGCUGGUCAUGGUCUUCUUUGUCAUGGGCCUGGUGGGAUUCCUCAUUUGCCACGUCCUGAAGAAGAAAGGCUACCGCUGCCGGACGUUCAGUGAUGAGUUUGAAUCAGACAACAAGAAAUCGCUGACCCCAACAGAAGAUGAUAAGGAUGAAGAACUGAAUGAGGACACCGUAGAGAAGAUAGUGAAGUGUAUCAUUCAGAAUGAAGCCAAUGUGGAAGUCCUGAAGGAAAUGCUGGGGGAAGGUGACACUGAUCCUCCACUGCCGAUACCCGUGCCCAGUGGCCUCUGUCCACAUCGCAGUAGUCAAGAUGGUGGGUUGCCCCAUCAUCACACGGUUCACUUGGGCUCAACUCAAGCACCCUGUAUUCACUGCAGCAGGAAAAAGAGGCACUCAUUGCAUCGCCAGGGGCGCUCCAAGGAGGGCAAGGGUAAAAUGCAACCUGGGGAGACAACUGUUUUCUCUGUUGGCAGGUUCCAUGUCACCCACAUUGGGAAGAAAUCUGUUUCUCAUGAAUCUCAGGAAGAGUCUCCCUCUGAUAAUAAGCAGAACAUCUGCUCCACUGAUGCAAGCCAAGAGCUUCACAGCAGCGAGAAGUCCCAGUGGGAGGGAUCUCUGAAUGGAAUAGUUCAGGUGGAUGGUCUUCAGCAAGGAACAUUACAGCAGACGGAUUCACAAUGUCAAAAAGGACUGAAGGAAGACCGUGCAGAUGAGUCCAUUCAAGGGAAGGAUUUUUUAAUUGUCAUAACUAAUCCAGAUCAUUUUGUGAAUAGACCAGAGAGGAAAGAAUCCCCGAAUGUGAGCUCAUUGCAACAGUCAGACCUCCCAGGUACUGCAAAAAGCUGUAUAUCUGAUAUUAACUGCUCUGAAGGACCCAGAAGCUCUUGCUCAGAAGAUCUGGAGAAGGUCAAAAGUCUAGACGAAAAAGCUGGUACCACUGAGGAAGAGGGUGUCCAAAGGGCAUCUAAUGAAGCAUCAGAAAAUAAUGGGAGUAAAUUUCUUCAAACAGGACCCAAAGUCGGAUUAUCUGUUUCUGGCUAUGAGCUUAGAAGUGGAAGCAGCAUAGCACACCAGAUCACAGCUGCUCCUUGUUCAGGGUUGCCAACAGAACUGACACCAGGGUUGCAAGACUGAAAUGGCCAGAUCGGAUCAAGCCAGGCCUGGCCAAGAAGAGCUACAUGGCUCUUGGUGUGUCCUGAGCAACAGCACUAUGAUGUGUGCUGCUUCAACCAGUAAGACUACUGCACUUGCCAAGAGUCUCACUCCAUCACAAUACUUAUCCAACAGUGGAAGAAAAGCUGUGUGUAGGGGCAGUGCCUUGCUAUGGAACUGUCCACACAGCUGGAAAUUCCAGCUUUGCUAAGGCCCAUGUUUUACAAUCAUAUGCCAUUUAGGAGGUCUGGCUCCAUCAGCAUUCUUCAAGAGGCUAGAAUCCUCUUCUUCACUAUGAUGGAAUAUAGUAUGUGGUGCUUUCAAGAAUCCCAGACUUCUAUUUCAUAACCUGAAGCUCACAGCCACUGAUGGAGACAAGUGACGAAGUGAAACAAUUUCAGCCCAUUGCUCAUUUCCCCAGGAUACCCUUCCUUGGCAACUCUAGGAGACCCAGCCCUGAAGUGCCUCAGAAUCAUUCAUUUUUUGAAUCAGACCCUUUUAGAGGAAACCUACCAUCCUGUUCCAGAUGGUACCAUUUCUGCAUCAGGACCUUUCUCCUGCAUGCCAGUCAGGUCGUGUCUGAAGGUCUGGUUAUGAAAUAUAAUGCAUAUCAUGCUAAGAGCAAGAGAAAACAGGCCAAUGUGGACAAAGUGAAAAUUCAAUUAACAGAUAAAGGUUUGGCGUUCUGCCCUUCCUACUGGUCGCUGGAGCACAGAUGGAUGGUCCAGGCUUUUUAGAUGUUAUUUGACUGCACUAUGGUCAGGAAACAAAGGGCAUGAAAGCUGUAUUGGGCUGGUAGUUAGGCCUUAGGAUGAACUUAGCAGUUUCCAUUACAGGCAAUCCUGAGUUACAAACAUCUGACUUACAUAUUACUCAUAGUUAAGAAUGGGGGGUGAGACAACAGGAAGUGAGAGAAAUCUUCCCCCAGGAAGGGAAAUUCACUCCUGGAAGAGUUAUUAUGGGGAAAAGGUGACUCAACUGAAGCUUUAUCACCACUUCGUUUCCGCCACAACCAAAAAUGUUCAAAAUCCAAUUGUCACAGAGACAGAAAGUGAGGUGAAAUCUCCUGAACAGGUGCACAGACAGCAAAAGAAAUGUUACAGGGAUGUUAAUCCUCCCUUAUGCUAUACAAAACUAAAUUUAUAUGUUUGGCUGGAGUUACACUUAAAAAUUGUACCUGUUCUGACAUACAUACACAUUCAACAAAAGAGAAACCCUAUAGAACCUUGUUUACAACUAUAUGUAUCUGCAAGAAGUGCCAUUAUAGCUCAGGAGCAGUAGUUUGAUUUUUUUUGUCUUGCUUAGUUCAGGAGGAAGGCACUUUCCUCUGCACUGCAAUAAUGCUGCGGGCAUUUCCAUGUUUCAUGGCUCUGAUUUUGCUCUGGUUUUCACUAGUCACAUUGUCCCCUUAAACUUCAGGUAAGCGAGUGUUUUGUUCUGAACUUUGGUGUGGUUUUUAACUUAGUACAUGCAGACAACUUGGAUGGUGUGGCGAUGAGAGCAGCUUUGCACAACACAAACAUUGGAGGCUCUCACAACAACUCUGGGUAGCUUUCCUCCAUUGGAACAGAAGCCUGAACCUGGAGACCAGCUAGUUAAGACCUCCUCUGGGUCCUUUCUGUCAAUAUUCUUCUGUAUAAUCCAGUCAAUAAGCCAUGACUCCCCUCCUUCCUUCACCUUCCAUCUUUUCAUGUUCAAAUACAAUGUAAACAAAAUCAAUUAAAGGCGUGGAAAAGGUGCAGAA